UGCGCCUGAUCCGGCUGCCAGUCCACAUUCAGCUCGUCAACGAGAGAGAGAGGAGGCACAUGAUGGAGCCGGUUCCUCUGCUGCUCAUCUUAAUCUCCUGUGUGCCGCUCUGCACGGCGGUCUACGAUGGGCCCCUCCAACCGGAGAUCUCCAACGGCACCUUUCAUCACUUCUUCGUCCCGGACGGCGACUACGAGGAGAACGUGGACCCGGAGGAGUGCCAGAUGCUGUUUAAAUUCUCGGAUGUGUAUCCAUGCGGGGCCUCAGAGGAGCGGGAUUCCGUGGUGCGGGAUGACUUCAUCAUCUCCAAGCUGCAGGCGGAGGACGCUGCGCGUCUGCUGGAGGGCAUCGGCCGGACCGUGGCGCACGACCUGGACGGAGAGGACAGCUACGGAAGGUUUCUCCAGAGGGAAAUCUCUCAGAUCAGCGAGGCUUUCUCCAGCGUGGACAAGUCCCUGCUGGAGCUGGAGGUGAAGUUUAAACAGAGUCAGGAGACAGAGCUGAGAGAGGAGCAGCAGCUGAACGGAUACGUGAUGAAACAAGUGAGCGACAUUAGGAACACGCUGAGGGGGACCACGGACAUCUCCACCGGGCUGAAGGACAAGCACGAGCUGCUGUCUCUCAUCAUCCGUAGCCACGGCAGCAGACUGAGCCGCCUGAAGACAGAGUACUUACAUGUUGGCUCUUAACAGCUCAGUUUGUGUGAGAGUGUGUGUUUUUUUGUGACCCUCCAGUUCACCAAACAACUGGAAAGUUCAUUGUGGUUUCUGAAUAUCCCUCCUAAGUAUGCUGAAUGUGUCAUUAAAGGGGAAACAGCAGCGCAUUCCUCUGAGUCAGGAGGGAAAAGGGAAAUGUGAACAUGAAUUAUGUCUGCGUGGAGCCUCUGUGCCACCUCUGAGGAAGACCUUUACCAGGGAGAGUCAGACUACCCAAGUCCUCAAAGGAGACUUUUUCAAUAGAAGAGCUGCUUUUUCUGUAAAGUGUAAAUUAUAAUAUUUAGAUAUUAUCUGAUCAAAUAAAUGUUUAAUACUCAUCUAUAACUGUCCCUUUACUUUUAGGCAGCACUGUGAAAAGUUGACACAAUAACAAAGUUUUAAACUUUGAUAUGACGCUAUUAAACUUAAAAUAAUACUUGUUUUCAUGCCAUGAUUAAACCUGAAGUCCUGUUGCCAACAUAAAGUCUCUGUAUUGUUCUAGUUUUAAAGCUUCAGGACAAACUUUUUGGUGCUGAUGCCUCCUUAAGUCCUACAAAAGAAAAGAAGACUGUCAACAACAGGGCUAAUCAGGGUUAAAGCUACGUUAGCUUUAGCUAUGUUUGCUAAGCUCACAUUACUAAAGCUCACACCGUUAAAGCAAACGUUGCUAGCUUACAUUUUGCUAAAACUAACAAAGUUACAGCAAACCUUUCAUCCAGCUUCUGCUAAAAGGGUCUAAACUUAAUUUCUCACUUUUUUUCUGUUUCAUUGAUUAAAUGUUGUUUAGUCUGUAAUGUUAGCGAUGUGGUUAUUUCAUGAAUGUAAAUGCCAGACUUUGUUUAUGAAUAAAGUUGAAUUA